AUGACGCUGGCGACUCCCCCCUUCAGCUGGUGUCAACAACGUCGCCUCCUUCUCCGUGUCAAAGCAGCACACACAACAGUCCCCAUGCGCAACAGCACUCCCAUCAUCCGACAAUCCCCUACUAACUCUAAACCUGGGCAGCGCAUCCGACACACAAUGGGUGGCAGUUGGGGUAGCAUCCCAUCCGAGUCCGACACGGACAUUGAUCAGCAUGAACGAAAUUCCAGCCAUGCCUGGGCUCAGAUCAAGGAAGAGCACGGUCAAAGAGGAUUGCGCGCAAUAUAUGCUAAAGCACACGAUGGUGAAAGCGCUUCGGAGAGAGAGCAGGGUAGCACUGAAUGA